UACGAACACGAAGCCCCGAGCCUCCGCUAGUGUAAAAAAUCGAGAAAGUCCCUGUCGUUGCAUCAGCCCGUAGUUUAUAAGUAUUCGGUACGGCGACUCCGCAAUCGUCAGUCUCGUGAUUAUGUCUACAUCAAGCACAAGUGAAUUCAGUGUUGUUGUUUUGCGGUGCCUAAGUGACGAUAAACUCCGAACAUAUUAAGAGUUGCGUGAUAACAAUAACAUACACCUUGAUAACAGAUACACGGUGAAUAAUAAGAAAGUUAUCAUGGCGCCUACGGUCACUUUGACAAAACAGCAGCAGCAGCCUUUAGUGGCUUUAAGAAAGAAUAAUGUCAAGCUACCAAAGCUGUGCAUAAAAAAUGUUCUAAAACCAGGCGUACAUUUUCAACCACUUCCAUCAACAAUAACUUUCUUGGAGCAACUGUGUGGUACAGCAAAAGAAAGACAACAAAAAACAUCUGCAUUCCAACCUAUAAUAAUUACAUCUGAAAAUCAGCCACAAAUUAAAACUGUAACAGUUACAACAAAAGAAAAACAAAUUGAACCACAGUUAUUGCAACCAAAAUCGAUAGAACAGCAAGUGACAAAACAUGUUAUUCAGCAACCGCAGCAAAUAACCAAUCCCAUUCCAGUCGAGAACGGAAAUGAAAUAAUGUUAACGUUCGAUUCUACGGACGAACUAUUAUUGGUAAAAGAGGAGCCUGAAAUAAUGGAAGCUCAAGAUGUCACACUCAUUCCAGAUCUUUUAGAAGAUUCUCCUCCUGCUGGCAAAAAAAGGCGUUUAGAAGGGCUCACGUACGAACAAAAAGCCUACAGAAAAAAACUGAAAAACAGACUGGCAGCACAAAAUUCGCGGGAUCGAAAAAAAGCCAAAGUUGAAGAAUUAGAGAAAAGCCUUGUAACCCUAAGGGAAGAGAAUACGAAGCUCGUCGAAGAAAAUAGGACACUUGAAGAAAGGAACAAAUCACUGACCGAAGAGAUGGAAGCGCUUCGUUCCGCAAGCCAGGCAUUAAAGGAAGAAAUGGAAAGGAUCAAAGGCUCACAGAGCAAAUGCUCGUGCGGCUCGAAUCCGAGUCCGGUGACAGUUGUCGAAUGUACUGAUUCAACGCUGGGAUCAGCAGUAUCCUCGAACCCUCUGCAGCAGGGUGGACCGGUACAGACGACGAGUCGUCGGGCGACGGAAGACAGCUUGAGCGAGCUGGUAGCGAAUGUAGCCUUUUUUCUCCUUCUGAAGGUCUUACUUUUGGAUUGCCGGAAAAAGAAUGGCUCAGCCAGUUUGAAUACUUGGUUAACCCAAUUCUUGACAAGCUUUCCACCGGGGAUGAAGGAAAAACUUCUCAGUUAUGCACAAGCGAGGAACUUCAAAAGGGCACAGGAGAGGAAACAAAGGGAGAAGCAAAUGGUAAAAGCCAUGAGGAACAGUGUGUUAUUGGGGAGAAAAUGGUGGGGCCGAAAUUGUAUUCUAAGGCCAACGAGGACGAAACCGUAAUGUUGACAGAUUCAGAAACUCUUCAAGAUUUGGAAGCAGAUGUCUUAAAGCUAGAAGAUUAUCAGCAAUUGGAAAAUGUAUUAGCGACUUUAAAGAAUGACGUUUGUAAGGAGGCUGAUGAUUCUAUAAACUGCCGGAAAACAAGUUCUAAAAAAUGUAUCCCGAUGGAAUCUGACGUAGGACCAUAUUCGUCAGCUGCAUCUCCGACAACAUUGAGCAGUCAUCCCGAAGGCAUAUAUAUGAGUCCACUGGAAUCUUGUUUACCAUUCAGUAAAUAUGAUUUAGAUUAUGACUCGAUCUUCGAUCUUGACCUUGGCUAUGAAUCACACAGUUCACCUGAAAGCGACAUUAAUGUGAAUUUGAAUAAUAAUUUUUCACUAGCUAUGGAUUUUCCUCAACUAAUAUCAGAUCUUUAAGUAUUUAAAACUGUAAAAUGUACGCUAAAGUAAAGUAUUAUGUGAUAUUUCAACUUACUGAAAUCAUAAAUUUUUAUAAAAUAAUUCAUUUUUCACUUAGAAUAUCACAAGUCAAUGAUAAAAAUUAUCUUUAUAAAAUGUUAAAUAUUAAGUUUAAAAUUCAGUUUAUAAGCUCGGAAUUGGAAUUUAUGUAAAUAUUGUAAAAUUGAUCAAUAGUCUAUUAUUUUAAGUUAUAUCGAAGGUUUCAAUCUAAAUUUAUUUCGUUAUGAUUGAAAUCAUAUUAAAUAUAAGAAACAAAAUUAUAAUUUAUGUAUAAAUUAUGUUAUUAUAGUGGAUAGAAUUUUUAUAAAAUAUCAUUUUUUAGUCUUAAUUGUAAAAUACGAUCCUCAUUUUUACUGAAUGUAUGCUAAGUGUGAUCCAAAGUUUGUUGUAUUUUCAAAGUCACAACUAUAUAAUAGGUUUGAUUUAUUAUCAACUUUAACUACAACAUAGACUUUGUUGUGUACAUAUAAUAAAUCAUGGUUUAAAUUA